AAAAACCGGAUCUUGAUGAGUGAAUUAUUGGCAUGUGGUGUUUUGUUUAGUUUUAAGGGGAGCAGCUCAAGCUUGCUUGCUGAUUGGCAUCUUCAGGAGGCCGAAAUUCCAGUUUUUUCUUCUCUUAAAGCUUGGAGUUGGAGGAAGAUUCUCUUCACCGGCGGAUCCUCGGAGAGAUUAGAGAUCCAUACCGGGCUGUGGUUCGCGGGACUUGGUGAACCCAACUCUGUAGCUCGGAGCCAGGAGAAGAUCAAGUUUAGAACUGGGGGGUGUCAGAGAGUCGUAUUGUCUGCGUUAUCAGUAUCUUGUUAUUUCCCUUUUGUGAGUGUAAGGCUUGUACUCUGAUUGUAUUUGUAAUU